CCAGACUCGGACUCCCAUCCCGACCCUCCACGCCCGCCGCAAUUCCUCUCCUCAUCUCUCACUCCGCCCGCCGCAAUCGACUCCGUCUCGGCGUCUCCGAUCCGGCUCUCCGCCGCCGCUAGUCGACCCAGGCAUCCAGCACUGCAGCAGGGAGCAGCCGCCGCCCCGUCCAUCGAUCGGCAACUCGGCCCCUGCCGGAAGCCUACAAGGGGCUAUCCGCAGCCCCGCGGUCGGCCGUCGGAGGCGCCGGGCGCGCUGCCCGCUUGGCGGCUGUCCGCCUUGGGCCUGGCCACAGCGGCACAGCCCGCAGGUGCACGCCCAGACUGGACGUUUGGACGCCUGGCCGACCAGGCGCCGAGCGCGGAGCAGCGAGCCGGGCAGCCGGCGACCGUGUAUCUCCGUCGCAGCGUACGCUGUCCAGCCUCCAGCUUGGGCAGGGCGCCACCGCAGUACUCUGCACACAUAAUACAUCUCGGUUGGCACUAGACACCAUAGUAUCAAUCAACCAACCUCAAUGUAUGGUUGCAGCUUAUUUUUCCAAUAUUUUUUUUGGGUUCAGUCAACUACUGCACUCAAGUCCUAGCAAAAUUUGAGUUUGGCUUCUGAUGCGUACUAAGAUGUGAUGCUUUGUGGGUCUUGUAUCGUGGUAAAGCUAAUGCUUUGGAGGUUGUGAUGUACAGCUCUGCUGGUUAGAUAGAUGGAGGUGCCAAUGAACUCUACGCAAUCUGGUGCUCACUUUCCUGUGCAGCAUCGGUCCUUCUCGUUAGACAUCAAGGGAAACAAAACAGAUAUUGUCAUCAGUAAAUAUGAAGAUACCUUUCUGGUGAUUGUGACACAAAUCGGCUGCAUGGGAACUAUACUAGCUGCCAAGAAAGAUGAAAGUGUUUUCUCGGACCCAACCUACAACGUUUCUGUUCUUUUUGGGAAGAGAGAUGAGCCACUCCUAGUAGCUUGUGCACGUCAACUUAUUGAGCACAUAAGUGGCAGUGGCUCAGCCCGGUCAUUGGUGAUUUCUCUGGGCCUGAAAGAUCAUUCUCAGGGAACACUGAAGGAUAUCAUUGUAGCUGUGAUUGAGAAUCGCCUUUGGUGAUGAUUGAAUAGCUGAGCUGGGCAUGAGAUUGGCUUAUUCAGCCCAUGGAUAAAGAUACUGUUUAUCAUUGUGCGAGGAGCCAUGGUUUACCAUAUACUGAAUUCUGGUAGUUUUGUAGUUAGGCCUUCUAUCUGUUUGAACUAACAAAAGGCUGGUUUUUAGCUGUGUCAAAAUUUGACUGUCAACUCUCACGCUAAACAAAAGACAUGGAACGUCAACUCAAUCCGAGCAAUUGGAUGCUUAAAUAA